AUGUCGAACAACCGCUCCCCCCAAAAUGUCAUGAAGCAAAUGCAGCGCAUGUUCCAGCAGAUGCAGCAGAAUGCCAACCGCGCUGCUGGUAACGGCCCGCGUCCCGGCGGCGGCGGCGGCGGUGGCGGCGGUGGACCGAACCUGAACCCGGCGAUUGGCGGCGCGGGCCUCCUUGCGCUCGCCGGUCUCGCGAUCGGCAUUAACGCGUCGCUGUUCAACGUCGACGGUGGUCACCGUGCGAUCAUGUACUCGCGCUUCAGUGGUGUUCUCCCGACGAUCUACAACGAAGGCACGCACCUGCUCCUGCCUUGGAUCGACACGCCGAUCGACUACGACGUGCGUGCCAAGCCGCGCAGCAUCGCGAGCCUAACCGGUACCAAGGACCUGCAGAUGGUCUCGCUUACCUGCCGUGUUCUUUCGCGGCCGAGCGUCGAGAGCCUGCCGACGAUUUACCGCGAGCUGGGCACGGACUACGACGAGCGCGUUCUUCCGAGCAUUGUGAACGAGGUGCUCAAGUCGGUUGUUGCGCAGUUCAACGCGUCGCAGCUCAUCACGCAGCGUGAGAUGGUCUCGCGUCUUGUGCGUGAGAAUCUGACGCACCGCGCGCGGCGCUUCAACAUCAUCCUGGACGAUGUUUCGAUCACUCACAUCUCCUUCUCGCCCGAGUUCACGCACGCGGUCGAGGCGAAGCAGAUCACGCAGCAGGCUGCGCUGCGUGCCGCCUUCCAGGUCGACCAGGCGCUCCAGGAGAAGCAGGCGAUCAUUGUCAAGUCGUCGGGUGAGGCCCGGGCGGCGGAGCUCAUUGGUGACGCGGUGCGCAAGAACAAGGGUUUCCUCAAGCUCAAGAAGCUCGAGGCGGCGAAGGACAUUGCGAACACCCUGUCGCAGAGCGACAACCGUAUCAUGCUCGACGCGCAGAGCCUUUUGCUCAACGUCGCGAGCGACGACGAUGCGGUGAAAGCGUAG